UUUCUGUGUAUAAUAGCCUCUAAUACUGCAAACAUGCAGUUCCAGCGGUGGUUUCUCCCUCUCACACAGAUUCUGUUUUCCUCCCUCUCACAUGCACAGAUCCAGUGCUUCUCCUCUCGCAGCUCGUGCAGCUCCACCCACCUGUAGAUAAAAGCCAAACCCUCACCAGGGCUGCUGUUCAGCGUCUGUCCCAAACUCCACAGAACUCUGUGAUACUUCCAGUCUGCAGCAGCAGCAGCAGCAGCACAAAGCAGGGCCCAGCAGGACUGCAGCUAACGCCUGGCUGGAUCCCGAGCACAACCGCCCCCACUCAUGCCUUGGAAAAGACCCAGAGAAGCAGCCUAAAGUGAGGGGAAGGAGAGGAGAAACCUGACGAAGGAGGGGCGAAGCCUUCAGUUUGAGAGGCGGAACAAUCUGAAAAAAAUGGUGACCAUAACCCUUCAGUCUCUCUACUUAGUCAUCGCAGUGCUGCAGCUGUGGUCGUUACGCCUGGCCCAUGGUGGGGCGUAUUAUGGGCAUAAACAGCCACCACAGCAGCACCAGCCGUUGCCACAAUACAAUGAUGGGUUUCCCCAGCAACAGUUUCUGGGUAAUGAGAUGACACACCUGCCUUAUGGCAAAGAGGUGCCAUUACUGCCUCAGUAUGGAAAAGAGUUUCCUCAGCUGCCUUUGCAAAAGGGAAAAGAGAGACCACUGACAGACAGCAAAGGACCAGCUUUCCCCAGAGGAGCUAAAGGUCCACCUCCCCCUGGUCCAGGUGGAGAAGGUGUCCGAGAGGGACCCCAAGGAAUUCAGGGACCUCCAGGACCAGCAGGACCACCAGGACCAACAGGACCUUCUGGAUUGCCAGGCCAGGGAUUGCCAGGUUUGCCUGGAAAGCCAGGACCUCCCGGUCUACAGGGGUACCCAGGAAUCGGAAAACCCGGUAUGCCAGGUUUGCCAGGAAAACCUGGAGGACCUGGAUUACUGGGACCAAAAGGCGACCUUGGUCCUAGUGGUGGUGAGGGACCAAUUGGACUUCCUGGACCUCCAGGACUCCCAGGUCCCACUGGAUUACCUGGAAUUUCAAAAACAGGAGGUCAGGGGCUACCAGGACAGCCAGGUCUUCUAGGAGAACCUGGCCUAAAAGGUCCACCGGGAGUUCCCGGUCCUCCAGGCCUGAAGGGGGACAAAGGCAAUGGCCAACCUGGUUUUCCAGGUUUGAAAGGACCUCCUGGGCCACCAGGUCCACCUGGACAAGCAGGCCUCCCUGGCAUUGCUAAACCUGGUAUGAACGGCCUCCCUGGGCAGCCAGGGAUACCAGGAAAACCUGGUCCUCCUGGAGAACCAGGAUUGGAAGGGUCACCUGGUGAUAGAGGUCCACCAGGACCACCAGGGAUACCAGGAAUUGGAAAACCAGGGAAAGAUGGUUUUCGAGGGCAACCAGGGCUUUCUGGAGGUAAAGGGGAACCAGGGCCUCCUGGUUUACCCGGAGGUCCAGGCAUGCCAGGUUAUGGUAAACCAGGUUUUCCAGGACCUAAGGGGCAUAAGGGACAUGCUGGUCUUCCUGGACCACCUGGUCCAAAAGGAGAUAAAGGUCACGGAGGUCUUCCAGGAGUCAUCGGUCCAACUGGUCCAAGCGGAAUUCCUGGCCCCCCAGGUCCAAUAGGGCCCCCUGGUAGUCUUGGCUUCCCGGGACAAAAGGGAGAAGAUGGUAACGGCGGACCAAGAGGAAUUCCAGGAGCAAAGGGUGACAUGGGGCCUCCAGGUCUCCCAGGGCAAACUGGCAGGCCGGGAGAGGGUGGACAGACAGGCCCAAGAGGUUUACAAGGGCCCAUUGGGCCUAAAGGAGAAGCUGGUAUGAGGGGCUUACCUGGUGCUCCCGGUGCUGCAGGAUUAUUGGGACCACGAGGAGAUGGGGGACAGCCUGGAGAGAAAGGCCAUCAGGGACCCCAGGGUAUUCCAGGACUCACAGGACCAGGUGGGCCACUUGGACCUCCUGGGCUUCCAGGGCAUAAAGGUGAAACAGGGCCACCUGGUAAACCUGGCUACCCAGGAGAUGGAAACCCAGGACCCCCUGGUCAUAUUGGUCCUCAAGGUAAUCCUGGUCCUAGUGGCCCUCCUGGACUUCCGGGGCAACCAGGGCAACCUGGGCCUCCAGGUCCUCCAGGACCACCUGCUGCAUAUCCUGACCUCGGACAGAUCCUCCCUGUGAGUGGCCCUUACAGUGGUCAAAAACAAGGUUACAAGAAACCAAACAGUGGAGGUGAAAUUAGUGGAACUGGUCUGGAAAUGCCUGCUUUCUCAGCUAAGCUCACAAAUCCAUUCCCCCCUGUCGGCUCACCCGUCAUCUUUGACAAACUCCUGCACAACGGCAAUCAGGACUAUAAUCCCCAAACUGGCAUUUUCACCUGCCGCAUACCAGGGAUCUACUACUUUUCUUACCACGUCCACUGCAAGGGAGGUAAUGUGUGGGUGGCCUUAAUGAAGAACAACGAGCCGGUAAUGUACACUUAUGAUGAGUACACAAAGGGCUUGCUGGAUCAGGCUUCGGGGAGUGCGGUACUCCCAUUACGAAAAGGUGACACUGUGCACAUACAGCUACCAUCGGACCAGGCUUCAGGACUUUAUGCUAGUCAGUAUGUCCACUCAACAUUUUCUGGAUACUUAUUGUACCCAAUGUAAGGGAUGUGCAUAAACAAAGCUGUUAUCAGUGACAAAUUGAUGGCAAAGUUUACCAUAAUGAUGGUCCGACUCCAGGUACAAGGUUGGUCAUGCAAGGAAGUUUACAGUGAGUUGUGGCAGAAUAAUCUUUUAUUGUAGCAACAUGCUUCAUUGAAUUGUUUGGAUUUUAUGCAUCACAUGUGUGUAAAGUUACCCCAGUGGAGUCUCAGUAAGAGCAGUGAACAAAGAUGGCACAAGUAUGUAUAUAAAUGUUCUGAAAAACCAUGUGGUUGUUUGCCCUAACAUCGAAAACAAAGACUUUUGAGGGUUCUUGGUUGAUUGGUUAACAGAGGUAAAAAAAAAAAACCACGAAUAUCCCAGUUGUCAUAUUUCUUGUAUGUUUACAUGUUGCAUUUAUUCUUAUAUAUAUCCACACACAAUAUAUCAGUGUUCAUGAUAUGGCUGAAACAGUUCAUAAAACAAUGAAGGUUUAUGCUGCAAACUUGUAUCUACUUUUUAUUCACAUAACAGGAUUGCAUUUUUUUUGUUGUUGCUUUACAGUUAUAAACUGUACACUUGGCACAUAAAAUACAUGAAAUUCAUGUCCUUUUUUCCCUUCAUUUUUUCAUGUCCAGAAUCCAUUUACUCAGAGCUGUAACAGAGAUUGGGUUAUGUAUUUGGAGUCAUCAUGCAGUUAUUAAGUUAUUUUGUGUUUUUUGAAACACAUAUUUUUUUGUAGCAAUGUCUCCAUACGCAUGUAAUGUAUAAUACAUGUUCAUCUGACAGUAACGUAAUUUUUUGCAUGAGUAUUUUAUAAAAUGUCAAACCACAUCUCAGUCCAGAGCAGAACAGGAAAACCCCAUGGCAGUUUUUCCCCCAAUUUGACAAGUUUUGAUUCUUUUCUUUUGACCUUUUGGUGUCUUGUUUUAUUUGUGAUAGAUAAUGAAGUCUUUGAAAGUUUUUUUUUGUCAGUAUUCUCUGUAAUUUAUUCGUUUGACUACUGAUUACUUGGAUCUGUCCUGUUUGUUGAACAGUAAAUGAGGGAAUUCAUUCCAAAAUGCAUAACACAACCUACACUCUGUUGCAAAAAAAUAAGACAUACAUUCCAAAAUGUGUUGAUGCUCUCACUCAUUCAUAAAAAAAUCUGUAUUUUUAUUAAUUUUCUUUUUUUGUUUUGUACUUUAUUUCUUCAAACUGUGGAUGUGCCAUUUUGGAAUGGAAUUCUUUAAAAGUUUUUUCUUGCUUUUUUUUCCCUUUACUUUGAACACCGGUGUGCAGAAUUAAAUGGAAAACUGUGGCCAAAGUAUGUGAAUUUUGAUCUUUGUUGUUUAUGACCGUUUAGAUAUUGAUUUAUUAAAGGAAUUAAACUAUA